AAGCGCUCAAACCACCAUCCCAUCACCAAAUCAAACCAAACUUCCACCCCAUCAUCACAUAAUAUCACAACCGCUAAUGGUCCAAGACCUCCCGCCAAUCGGCGGCUACGCCCCAAUCCAAUACAAACGCAAUAUCCCUGCCAGGGGCCUCCGUCCAGCAUAUUACCUCGCUGGCGUCCUAGGAAUCUGCACAUUCGGGUUUUAUAAGUGGGCCCAGAGUAUCCGAGAGCUAAAUGAACUCGCCCGCGAGAAAGUCUGGGCGAGACUGCAUUUAAUCCCAUUACUCGAGGCGGAGAAUGAUCGUGAUUUGGUCCGUAGACAGAUUGCUGACGCGGAGCGCGAGAGGGCACUUAUGGGCGAUGUUAAAGGGUGGAAAAUGGGGAGCGUGUAUAAUUCGAAUAAGAUCAUUACGCCUAGGUAUGGGUACGGGCCUGAUGAGGAGUUGAGGGAGAAGCCUACUUAGGUGUUUCACGAAGUAAUUGAGGGAUAGUUCGGUUUCUACUGUACAAAA